ACGUCAGCAGGUUUUUGUUUUUGCUCUAACUCAAUGUUGUGCAUGUCAGCAACUGGACGUUGUUAAUCGAGCAUGUGAUAAUAAUAAUUUUAAAAACAGUAAUUAGUUGCCCAACAUAUAAUUUUCUUGAAACGCAAAAUCGGCACAGUUAAUGGACAGCGUAUUUUGAGUCACUGCUGAGUGGGACAGUUUUGGGAUGAUCGAACCGAUCCAAGAGUUCCGAACCGGAGAGAAGGUGCGAAGAUCCGGUUCCUCCCCAGACAGAGAGAGGGCUGAUGGAUCUCCCAAACUUCAGAGGCUCUUCUGCGCUUCCUUCAACCAGGACACGACGUCUUUGGCUGUUGGUGGUAAGAAUGGCUACAGGCUUUUCUCUCUGUCCUCUGUAGACAGAAUGGAUUGCAUUCAUCGAGGAGUGGAAAGCCCUGAUGUGUAUAUAGCGGAGCGGCUCUUCUCCAGCAGUCUGAUGGUGGUUGUGAGCAGAUCCACACCCUUCAGAAUGAACAUCUACCAUUUCAAGAAAGGCACGGAGAUCUGUAACUACAGCUACUCCAACAACAUCCUCGCUGUCAAACUCAACCGACAGAGGCUUGUAGUUUGUCUGGAGGAGGCUCUGUACAUCCACAACAUCAAGGACAUGAAACUUCUCAAGUCUCUUCUCAACACGCCACCAAACCCCAAAGGUCUCUGUGCGCUUUCUGUCAAUCAUUCCAACUCGUAUCUGGCAUAUCCAGGGAGCUUCACCGCUGGAGAAAUCACUCUGUAUGAUGCUUUGAAUCUGAAUAUGGUGACCGUGAUCUCGGCUCACGCCAGUCAUGUAGCUGCCAUCGCAUUCAAUGCUUCAGGAACCAAUCUGGCCAGUGCUUCUGAAAAAGGCACUGUUAUACGGGUUUUCAGCGUACCUGACGGAGUCAGGCUGUUUGAGUUCCGCAGAGGGAUGAAGAGGUAUGUCAGCAUCAGUUCCCUGUCGUUCAGUGCCGAUGCACAGUUUCUCUGUGCCUCCAGUAACACAGAGACCGUUCACAUCUUCAGACUGGAGCACCACAGUCCCAGUAACGAGUCUCCAUCGUGGUCUGCAUAUAUGGGGAAGAUGUUUUCAGCGGCCAGCACCUACCUUCCCUCUCAGGUGUCGGAUAUAAUGCAUCAGGACAGAGCGUUUGCGACCGUUCGCCUCAGUGUGGCUGACGUGAGGAACAUAGCGGCUCUUUCCACGAUCCAGAAGGUUCCGCGUCUUCUGGUGACCUCACUAGAUGGCCAUCUCUACAUCUACAAUGUAGAUCCUCAGGAAGGAGGAGACUGUCAUUUAGUGAAGAAGCACAGACUGUUUGACAGUGAAGAUGAAACAGAACUGGAGGCUGGCAGUCCAUCAUACGCAGCGACUGUUGCCACAAGCACAAAUCCAGACACUCCGUCUUCUAGUUCCCUCACAGGUUUCUCUGAGGAUGUUGGUGUGAAGAGAGGAGAGCUGAUCCCAGAACAUGAGUUUGCGGAUGGACCCGUCUGUCUGGAUGAUGAACAGGAGUUUCCUCCGGUUAGCUUUCAGAACAGAUGAAAACUCGAUCUUCAUGGCUCUUCAAACACAUUUCAUUUCAGUCAGGCUUCGCGGCCGUCGGAUGGCAUCUCUGUAGGAUGCCAAUCACUGUAUGAGCAGCAGUUUGGGUGUAAAUAUCACAGUUGUUGAUCAAAUCAUGUUAAAUAGCAGGCUGGAUGUAGAUUCAGGGAUUCAGGAUUACCAGCUCAGGCGAACGUUUUACAAAUACAUUCCCAUUAUGAAGUGUGUUUGAACUAGAGCAGCUCAUAGAUGUGUGUUUAAUUCAUUCUAACUACAACUGUGAACUCAUACAGUCAACUCAACUUUUGCCACAGAUGUCUGUAAAUGCUAACAUAACUAUAAUAUUAUGAAGAAUAAUGCUUUUCAGUGAAACGGGUGAAACUGAUUUUUAUGAAUGCCAUAAAAUGAUUACCUGCAGGAGGCUGAAAGUCAAAACAGUCAGAUUUUGAAAUUGUGUAAACGAGCAGUUUACAUACAGUAGAGUACAGUAUGAGUGGCAAACCACUACAAAAUCUUCUAUACAUUUUAAUGUUGACCAGAUUAAAUAUAUUAGUUUUUAGGAUUUAGAGUUUAAAUUUGCACAAAGCUAAAAAAAAAAAAGUAUUUGAACUGAUUUCACAUUCCUGUCCGUAGUCAAUAUCACAGUGUUGUUGAUUUGAAUGUGGAACUGUAACAUAAUAAAAUAAAGUUAGCAAAAUGAAAACUAAAUGUUUGCAUGUUUGUGUUGAGGAUGAUGUGCUACACAUUUAGAAAUGCAACACUUAAACAUUUGAUAUUGUCAUCUAAAUUAUUUAUCAGAUGGCAUAAAAUAAUUAAAGCAA